UUCUCUUUCUCUAACCUUUCCAUUUUCCGGAAAGGACGUUUCAUCACUAAUUUCAUCGCUAAGUAUGUUUCAUCGCCAGAACAUUUUUUGACUCUACAGUAACUAUUAUCAUUUCUCUCUCUCAUUUUUCUUUUUUUUUUCUCUAACUUUUUCAUUUUCUGGAAAGGACGUUUCAUCGCUAAUUUCAUCGCUAACUAUGAUUCAUUGCCAAUUAAUCUACUGUCUCGACAGUAACUAUUUUUAUUUCUCUUUCUCAUUUUUCUUUCUCCAUUUCUCUAUCUUUAUUUUUUUGUAAGAGCUAACAAGACGUUAGAGUCUCCAUUAACAAUUUUAUUUCUAAAUAAAACGAUUUUUUGCUUAAUUUUUUUAAACUAUUUUCGAUGAAUUUCAUUAUUAUUUAUUUCUUCUAUAUUUUAACCUCAUUUAUUGUAAAUUGUGCUCCUUCUUUAAAUAUUUCUUCUUCAAAUUUUCUUUCAAAUGAGGAUGAUUUACAUUGGAUUUUUCGACUUUUGCCUAUUUUAGUUGGUUAUGGCUUUCUAAUAUUUUUCUGUUUUUAUUUAAUUCGUUGGGUGGAGAAGAAAUCUAAAGACAACGAUUCUUUUCUUCAACAAAAUUUUUUUCUUCAUUUUCUUCGUCUUUUUGCUAUAGGCCAACCAGAAUAUAAACAAUUACCACAACAAAAUUUAAAUAAAAACAAAUCAAUUCCUCCUUCUUUUUCGCUACGACGGAAAAGAAAAUCUUUUUUUGAAGAUGCAAUUUAUUUUUCAAUAUUUUUCAUAGGAAUUCAGGUUUUUCUUUGA